CCCGUCGCCUCAGGCUUAUCAGAAACUUGCAAAAGACGAACUGCUGAGAAUCAAGAUGGAAUCUGAUUCAAGGCCACCUCCGUAUUAUGAAAAUUUUGCCUAUCAGCCAGAAAAUGCAGCUUCUGAAAGGUGGCUCGGUGGCUAUCACAUGUAUCCACGAUACCCACCUCCGUAUUAUCCUCCAUCAGUGCCACAUUACGUCCCCAGAAUUUCUACUCAUGAGUCAGCUCCAGUGCCAACAAUAGCACAACCAAAGUCUACAAAAAUCUGCACGCCAAGACUCAGGAAAAUAUUGUUACUCAUUCUAGCCAUUGCAAUACUGCUAAUAGGGGCUGCAAUUGCAUGUGUUCUCAUCUGGUUUUUCGUGACAGACAGUUGUUAUGGCUCCAAGAUACGGUGUGGCACUCUGGGAGUUUGUGUGUCACCAUCUCAGUGGUGCGAUGGAGUAAACGAUUGCCCUAAUGGUGAAGAUGAAAAUCGUUGUGUUAGGCUUUAUGGACCAGAUUUUCUCCUGGAAGUUUAUUCAUCUAAAAGCAAAAAAUGGUACCGUGUUUGCUAUGAUGAUUGGAAUGAAGAACAUGGAAAGACUGCCUGUGAGGAUUUGGGUUAUAACUUGAACACACAUUUCAGGAGCAAGGCAUUACCGCUCAUCACUGACUCUAGGGGCUUUAUGAGGUUGAAUAAAAGUGCUGUGGACACAGACUUGCAUAAAAAAUUGUAUAACAGUGAUCAGUGUCCAUCACUACAGAUGGUUUCUCUGAGAUGUAUAGAGUGUGGCACUUCCAGUAAAGUUUGGAAUCCUCGAAGCAGAAUUGUGGGCGGAACCGCUGCCUCCCCUGGUGAGUGGCCAUGGCAAGUCAGCCUUCAUAUACAGAACAUUCAUCUAUGUGGAGGGUCCAUUAUCACUCCUGAAUGGAUAGUAACUGCAGCUCACUGUGUAGAUGGGGCACAUUCUCAUCCAUUUGACUGGACAGUUUAUUCUGGGAUCAUGACACAGCAAGAAAUGUAUCCUCGAAGGGGCUACAAAGUAGCCAAAAUAAUUUCUCAUCCAAACUAUGAUUCAGCUACUAAAAAUAAUGAUGUUGCCCUUAUGAAGUUACAGACUCGUCUACCUUUAGAUGAGUUUACAAGUCCAGUUUGUUUGCCCAACCCUGGAAUGAUGUUUCAGCCUGACCAACAAUGUUGGAUAUCUGGAUGGGGAGCAAAAUUCCAGAGAGGUAACACUUCAAAAGAACUGAAUGCAGCAAUAGUACCUCUGAUAGACUCAGCUAUAUGUAAUAAUAGGCUUAUCUAUGAUGGACUCAUUUUGCCUACCAUGUUCUGUGCUGGAUACUUAGAAGGAAAGGUGGAUUCUUGUCAGGGUGACAGUGGUGGUCCAUUGGUAACUCGGAAGAAUGAUUUGUGGUGGUUAGUGGGUGACACCAGUUGGGGAACGGGCUGUGCUAGCAGAUUCAAACCUGGAGUUUAUGGUAAUAUGACGGUAUUUGCAGACUGGAUUUACAGAAAUAUGCAGGCAAACAGAUGAUGAUAUUCAGCCAUCUACCCCUGCCCUCCGUGGAAUGAAGGGUUCCCCUGGUGUAUCUGAUUGCUUCCAAUGGCUUUCUUGGUCGUCUUCAUUCCUGUACUAAGCGACUCUUGGGACCUAAACACUUGAUAAUUCUGAAUGCUUGCAAAGUAUUUGGUGCCAUUUGCACUGUGACUGUCUUAAUAUCAAGCUGUGUAGGUUUAACAAGAUUCUCUUUCCUUCAGUGUAGGUGCCCCUGGUCACUAUCACUCCCUUACCAACUUGCUAAACUUUUCUUCAUUUUGGAGGAUUCACAGCCAGUUUGUUUUUUUUAGUUUUAUUAUAAAUCAUAUUUAUAAAUUGCUGUUACUGCUGUCUUUGGAUUAGCACAGCAUCUUGUUGGUUUUAGUUUAACUUUUAAUAUAUUAUUAUCUGGGCUGCUGGCUAGCCCAGUUUUCCAAGAUUGAGGGUAAAUGUCUUACUGUAACAUGUGAAGAGACCUUCUCCAAUACUCUAGUACUACUGAGAGAUGAAUAAUACUUUUCCAUUAUCUUCUGGUCAGGUACCUUUAAUUCCUUGUGCUCUGUAUAGGUAUUAUAUUGAUUCUGAAAUCAAGUGUAUGUUCAGGUUUAUACUGGAUUCCUCCCCUCCUUCCAAUAUGAAGAUAUCAAGAGUUUGGUUCAGAAAAUGGGAAAACCUUGAAUUUUAUUUUGUUAGAAUAUUCCCAGGUCGUAUCUGAUGCAUAAGGAUAAAACAACUACCGAGCUUCAGUAAACAACCAACUGGAUAUGUUGUUUAGAGGCUGCAGACAGUAGCUAGGGAACAAUUCCAACAGUUUUCCCAAUCUCUUUCCUGAGCAAAGACUAAAUACACUCUUGUGACUAUUUAUUACAUGUUGUAAUGCUGCUGUUACCACUUAAUCUUCAGCUACCUCAUUUUGUAAGAGAGCAGCAAAAUUUAUCUAUUAAGCAGGGAUUUUUUUACAAUUAAGAUUUACAGUUUUAACAAUGAAUUCAGAAACAAAUAUGGAAUGUGUAACAGCAAUAAAAUCUGGCAAACUGGACUUCUGAUUCUCAUGGACUGAAAUUACCAAACUGCUGCUACUGAACUGCACUUUUUUUUAAAUUAAGAAAUGUGCAUGUUACCGCAGCAACUUUUAUUUCAGGGUUUGCCAAUAAAGUUGGGUAGUAAUGAGCCACUCAAAUCAUCAUUUAAAGACAUCCUGAUAAUACUAUGAAUAUAAAUCUUGCUGAAUUGUUAAAUAGUUGUGCCACUAUUUUAAGUAGCAAAUAUUUCUUUACUUCAGAACUGAAAUACAACAUGUAUCUUAUGUACAAAUAACUUAAAUAAAUUUUUUACUCUCUU